UGCCAAUCAACCAAGAAUCUGACACACAAGACGCACCCUCCUAUCCACCCUUUGGAAACCACCAACGUCCCCUGGCGCUUCAUCUCGACAGAUUUCGUCACGGACUUACCCGAAAGCAAAGGUUUCGACUCAAUCAACGUGGUAGUGGACCAAGGUCUGUCCAAAGGCAUAGUCAUCACCCCAUGCAAGAAAACGAUCACGGCAGAAGAAACAACCGUGCUUUUCCAGAACAACGUUUUCAGUCGACAUGGGUUGCCGACCAAAAUAGUAUCCGAU